UGAUAAUAUAUAUUACCCAAUGCAGUAUCAGGUACUAUGUUCACGGUUUACCCAAGUCCGGAGUACAGAAUAAUACUUGGUAUUGAUUUUUAGUUGACGCGACUUUUGUCAUUUAAUUCGUUACGCGUUUGUUUGGUUUUUUAUUUAUUUAUCGAACAAUUGAAAUGAUCCGCUUCAUUCUAAUACAAAACAGAGCAGGAAAAACAAGACUAGCCAAAUGGUAUAUGAAUUUUGAUGAUGACGAGAAACAAAAGCUUAUCGAAGAAGUGCACGCAGUUGUAACUGUCAGAGACGCCAAGCACACGAAUUUCGUAGAAUUCCGAAACUUCAAAAUAAUUUAUCGAAGGUACGCCGGGCUAUAUUUUUGCAUCUGCGUAGACGUGGGCGAUAACAAUUUGUGUUAUCUGGAAGCCAUACAUAAUUUUGUAGAAGUCCUCAACGAAUAUUUCCACAACGUCUGUGAACUAGAUCUGGUGUUCAACUUCUACAAGGUAUACACAGUGGUAGACGAAAUGUUUUUAGCAGGCGAAAUUCGGGAAACGAGUCAGACCAAAGUCUUAAAACAGCUACUUAUGUUAAGUUCAUUAGAAUAAGUUAUUAAUUAUUAUGAUAUUAUGUCUACAAGCAAAUAUUUUACUUUACCUAUACACUAAUUACUAUUUAUAAUUUAUUACUCUAUACCAUAAUGUAUUCUUUUUUUUAUAUAAUAUAUACAUACAUCAUAUUAUGCUAUUUACGAGUAAUGUGUAAUUAUAAUGAUUAAAAUAAAUUACACCCAAUUUAUUUUCAUCCCAAGACCUUUUUUUAUGUGUGAUAAGAGAUAAUAUGAUAUUAUCCUUAAUUUUAUCCGCCCCCCUGAGAUAGCAGAUCUACAAAAUACAAAUAUUACAUCCAUAGGAAUCUGUAAUACAUUGUUAUAGUGUUAAAUCUUAAAUGCAUUUUGUUAUAAAAUAAAAUGGAUAGCUACAAAUUGUUGAA